AUGCCAUCAUACUUGGAAUCUGGAAUGGAUAAAUCAGAUAUAGUACCUGAUCAAGCAAAAGAAGCCAAAGAUGGUUGGACAUCCUUCUUUUACCAAGCUUCAAAGUAUAAGCUCUGCUGCGUAAAUGAGCAUUCCUUAUAUCAGUCUGAUGUUGGCUGA